CAAAAACCGCUUUAUAAAAUGCCCUAGAUUUUAUCGCAAAAAUUAUGCUCCUUUUUAGGUUUCAAAAUCUUCUUAUUCCACUCCGAAUUCAAAACCCUAACUUACCAAAUCCUCCAACAAAUUCCAUCAGGAGUUCGAUUACUCUAAUUAGGCAACCUCUAGUAGUAACAGUAAUGGCUACUCCUACAAAGAUUAUAGCUGAAUACGCAAAAUCAAACCGAUCUACAUGUAAAAAAUGUUCAAAUUCAAUAUCUGCAAAUAGUCUUAGGUUAGGUUUAUAUAGUAAAGAUCCAAGAGGUUAUGAUGUUACUAAAUGGCAUCAUCUCAAUUGUUUCCCCUCCGAUUCUCUUCAACCUAUUAUUCAUGGUUCUGCUCAGAGUAUUCAAGGUUUUUCUUCUCUAAAGAUUGGUGAUCAAGAAGCGCUUGAGAAGUUAACUGCUGGAUGUGAUUUGGAAUCUAAACAGGGUUCUGAUCAUGGUGAGAAGGAAGUUGAGGAGGGGAAUGAGGAGAAGAGUUCCAAGAAAUCAAAAGUUGAUAAGGUAGAUGAACAUGGACAAGAAGGUGAACAAAAGAAAAUGAAGGUCAUAGCUGAGUACGCUAAGUCUAACCGCUCUUCUUGCAAGCAAUGCACCAAACCGAUUCCUUCAAAAACACUGAGAUUAGGCUUAGUUAGCAGUGAUCGGGGAUUUGAUAUGACUAAAUGGCAUCACCUGAGAUGCUUAUCAACUGUUCCUCUACAAGUUGAUUCUGUGGAUGAGAUAGAUGGGUUUCCAUCGCUUAAGAGCAAUCAUCAAGAAGCACUGAAAAAGCUAUUGAAUGGUGAGCCAUUGCCGAUAGAGGUUUUUAAAGAAGAUGAAGCUGCAAUAGAUGAACUCCAAAGUAAAUCGAAGACAUCAAAGCCCUCCGCCAAGAUCGUCACUGAGUACGCAAAGUCUAGCCGCUCUUCUUGCAAGAAAUGCAGCGAGGUAAUUCCUGCGAAGUCGCUGAGAAUAGGAUCAAUCAGCAAAGAACGAGGGCAUGAUGUGACAAGAUGGUAUCAUCCAACUUGCUUUCCUACUGAUUCGCAGCCCAGUUCUGUUGAUGAGAUUGACGGCUUUUCAUCGCUUAAGACUGUAGACCAAGAAGCACUGCAGAAGGUAAUGGAUGGAUGUGAUCAAUUGCCUAAAGAGGUUGUGGUUGAAGGAAGCGAUGGCCAAAGCUCCAGAGAGUUUAAAGUUCGUAAAACAGAUGAAACUGUGCUGGACGAAGGCAAGGAAAGUAGUUCCAAGAAACUGAAGGUAGCUGAGUUGGAGAUAGCUUUCUCUAUUUCCGAUGUACAGAAACAGUACAAGGAAUCUAAAUUGUCUCCAAAUUGGAAAGCUUUCCAAACACUCAUCUUUCUGGAGAGGGAUGAAGGCCUUCGCGAUUCAGGAAAAAUUGCCGCAUUUGAUUUUGAUGGUUGUCUUGCGAACACUGAUGUGAGAAGAAUCGGUGCAGAUGCAUGGUCCCUGAUGUUCCAAUCAAUACCAGAGAAGCUAAACAGCUUGUACAAAGAUGGAUACAAACUGGUGAUCUUUACCAAUGAAUCCAACAUUGAGCGCUGGAAGAAUAAGAGACAAGUAGCAAUUGAUUCUAAAAUUGGACGGCUAAAAAAGUUCAUUGAUUGCGUCAAAGUCCCAAUUCAAGUGUUUAUAGCUUGUGGAUUCGACAGUGCUGGUAAAGGAAAAGAUCUCUUUCGCAAACCCAACACUGGAAUGUGGAGAUUAAUGGAGCAACAAUUCAACUCUGGAAUCCCUAUUGAUAUGGAUCAGUCGUUUUACGUUGGUGAUGCAGCUGGGAGAAAGGAUGAUCACAGUGAUGCAGAUAUCAAAUUUGCCGAGGCUAUUGGAUUGAAGUUUCAUCUUCCUGAAGAUUUUUUUGCUGCCUGAAAGAUUUCUGCCGACAUGCAUCGCCACUCAUGCUGGAGUAGCAAUGUAAAGAUAUUCCAUCAGUAAAAGUUUUCCGUUUCAACUCUCCCCUCUUUUGGAUAUGACAACUAGUAUAGCAAAUUAAUACAAUUCCAAAAGAAACUAAAACAUUUGAGGUAUAGCAAAUUUAAACACCACUCUUCUACAAAUUCCAAAAGUAAUAUUCUUAGUCCUGGUCCGCCAUC